CUACUGUAUACACAUGCAUACAUGCAUAUCCACAUCUAAUCAUUGAAAUAGUAUUGUGAUUACAAAAGACAUUUCUUCUGGCAGAUCUGUUCUCUGCUGUGCUUGAUGAACACAUGGGAGGUGACUUCUACGUGAAGAGCUGGGGUAAACUUCGUGAACUGCUGGAAUCCAACUGUGUUGUCCUUAACAAAGUGUACAACGUGAAGGAAGUGAAGCUUCCUACCACCAUGCCCUUCAACGUCAACUCGGACCACUCCAAGUGGAGCGUGACAGUGAACUCCUCCAGGCCGUGGACCUGCAUCGCCGACAUGAACAGAGAAGUUAGUCAGGAGAGCAGAGGCGGGGGGGCAGUGUGCACAGACAACCCUGCUGUGUGGAGCGCCUUCUCCAAGAUUGUGAUCACACACGAGCCAUGCCCUAACGUAACUGUAAAUGAAAUGUAAAUCAGGUUUCUAGGCCAAGUACUUGCGUA